UCUCUUCCCUUUGGGCUGGGAACCUGGAGUCAAACUGUGGCAAGGUGGCCUAAGGAAAGGACCUGGAGAUUUUUAUUAAUCUGGUUUUUUUUUGUAUAACGUGCCUUAUUCCUGCCAUUGUACCUGAUUAGAAAAUUAUGCUUUCUGUGUCUCUCGCUCUUUGUUUGCAAUGUAUUUUAGCUGUUUUACGGAAUGUUCUGAGCAUCAAGCCCACAAGACCAGAUAAGAUUUUUUUUAUGCAGAAGGUCAGGAUGUUCUAUUUGAUGGCCGGCAGGAUGCCUGAUAAGAAAGGGGAUUUUUUGCCUUGUAUUAAAUACCAACCACAGCUCUCAGGAAGGAGUGCCUUAUAUGGGUAUGUUAAGGAAGUGCCUUAUAUGGGUAUGCAUUAGAAAUGCUAAGAAAAAGGGGAAGGACAACAGGAAGAGCUGUGUCCCUGCUUAUUGGCUCAAUUUGCUGCAGGAUAUGAAUAUGUAAUGAUACAUGAAAGGUAUAUAAAGCCUAGAGCGCUGAUAACUCUUUGCUCAGUCUUUGAGGAAUUAUCCCACUGUGCCUAUUGCUCAGCAAUAAAACUUACUUUCUAUUUCUCCACGAUUGCAUCUGUGAUCCUUGAGAAACCACUGAACUAAGGUUCCCAGGUUCCACGCUACAAAACAAGAGUAUAUUAGUUCAUACACAACCCAAAAAAUUAAUCAGGUCGUCCUCAGUUGAGAAAGUGGCUGCUUUGAACGCUGUACGAUCACCAUGUCUUCUAUUAAAAUCGAGAGUGUUGUGAAGCAGAAGAACAGGAUGGGGGAGUGCCCUACGUGGGAAGAAAGGGAGAAUUCUCUUGUAUACGUAGACAUCAAUGCACAGAAAGUUUGCCGCUGGAACUCGGUCACCAACGAAGUUCAGUGUGUGUCUGUGGAAGCUCGUGUUGGCUCAGUAGGCCUUCGCAAGAGUGGUGGCUACGUGAUCGCUUUAGGAAGAAAGUUUGCUUUCUUGAACUGGAAAGAUCAAGUAGUCACUGAGAUUACUGAAGUGGAACAGGAUAAACCAAACAACCGAUUCAAUGAUGGAAAAGUAGACCCAAGGGGUUCUUUUUUUGCAGGUACCAUGGCUGAAGAGACAGCACCUGGAGUGAGAGCAAGGCACCAGGGGGCUCUGUAUACCCUCUUCCCUGAUUGUGGUGUCGUGAAGCAGUUAGAGAAGGUGGACAUCUCCAAUGGGCUGGAUUGGUCGCUUGAUCACAGGACCUUCUUUUACAUCGAUAGCCUGGCCUAUGCCGUGCAUGCCUUCGACUAUGACGUGCGAACAGGAAUGAUUGAUCGUUGCAGUUGCAGGCCUGUGUACAAGUUGGAGAAAGAGGAGGCGAUGCCUGAUGGGAUGUGCAUCGAUAGAGAAGGGAAACUCUGGGUGGCCUGUAUUGAUGGUGGACGAGUGAUCCGCAUCGACCCUGAAGCAGGAAAAAGAAUUCAGACUGUCAAGAUGCCUGCUUCCAGGAUCACAUCUUGUUGCUUUGGAGGGAAAGAUUAUUCAGAAAUGUAUGUCACUUCGGCCACUGAUGAGCUGGAUAGCGAUGCGUUAGCCAAGGAACCGCAGGCUGGGGAAAUUUUCAAGAUAACAGGACUGGGUGUGAAAGGCAUCCCACAAAACUACUUCACUGGUUAAAUAUUCAUAUGUGCUCGAUAUUCAACCCAGCCAGAAGCCAUGGUGGACAACAGAAGCAUGAAUUUCAAACCUGUAUGCUUAUCUGAAGGCUACCUAUAUAUCCUUUAUGUACUGCAAUGUUCCAUAACUGGUUUUUCUCCCCUUCUCCAUAUGUUUAUGUUUUUUUUUUUGUUUCCCCCCCAAAUGGCAGCUUAGGACUGUAUGUGAAUGUUAGGAUUUUCAGUGGUUCCUCAUCAAGCAAAGAUCAACUUCCUCUAUUAAUUCUUUGUGCAAGCAGAGAGCAGUUUGUAGCAUCUGCUUGCUGAAAGGUCACAUUCGCUUUCCAGUAGCAAUUUCCAUUUUAAUUCCCUUGAUUAAUUUCAUUAGAAUUCUUAAGAGUAAAAUUGGCCCCUGCGGACGGACCUAUGUUAAUACGAAAGAAGAUUAUGUUGAAAACUAUACAAGUCGAUCCUGUUUACCUGCUCUGGGAAAGAGGGAGGUGGUUCUGUUUCCCUACAACCAAUGUUUUGAUUAAAAGAAAGUUAUUGAGUGAAUUAAAUUACAGUGCAUGGAAAUGAAUAACUAUAGAAAUGAACAAGGGUUUUGUCAGAAAGAGCAAGGGCUGCAAUUCAGCUUGUAAUUAAAAGGAUUUGCAUUUUAAACAUGAUUUGACAGUUCAGCUAUUAUUCCAGGAAACUCAUGUAAAUGUCAAGAAUAAACUAAUAUUAAUUGGCUAGUAACUGGGCAGGCCUGUUAAAAGUAGGUGGCACAAAGCCUCAUCACAGGUGAAAGGCAAACAGGCACUAUUCAUCACGCGAAUGGAGUGUUUAUAACUAUAACCUUUAAAAAUGAAAAGCAGCUGGUGUUUCCUGCUUCUCAUCAGAGAGAAUUUUCAGCUGUGCGUUCUUUGCCCUCAAUUAGAUUUAGGGACAGCACCUGUCUGCUCAUAGCAUCAGAGCCCUGGAGAAAACAUCACAAGGAUGCAAAACUCGAUUCUGCUACAUUUUCCUUACUUACAAGUAAUGUAAAGAACUCUGUCACAUUUUCUUUCCAGUUGAUUUUCUCCCUCCUGCAGCUUGCAUGUGUGGUUUUCAUUUAAGCUAUUAUGAAGUACGUUUUGGAAUGUUGGGGUGGGGUAAAUACCUUCCAACUUUGGUGAAAUUAUUUUAAUUGGAUUUAAAAAAUAAAAAAAUAAAAAAACUGUCA